AUGUCUUCCCCACCCCGUUACAACGAUUUUGCCGCAAAUGACGACCUCGCGGACGGCAUGGCCAACUUCUCCGUGGGAUCCGGCCAGAUGACCGAAGAGCCUGAGAACCUCCAAUACGGAGGGUAUGACAAGUACAGAGUACCCGAAGUUCCAGAAGAACAAAAUUGGAGCGCAUAUGCCAACAGGGUGUACGAUGAUACCAUCCAACCCACCGAUUAUUAUGAAGGAUACGAUGACCAAGGGGCGCCUUCUGCCCCUCCUGCCCCUCCUGCCCCUUCAGCUGACGAUCAAGAGACAGACUACGAGAUGCUCAUCUAUAGCGCCCAAGAUUACAUUGCUCGCAGUGGAACAUCGUUGCGAAGAGACAGUGCUGCUUCCAGUCGUGUGAGCGAAAGGAGGAAAGGCAGUGAAGCCAGUACCAGGAGAGGUAGUGAGUCAGGUGCUGGGAGAGAGGGUGAUGACGGAAGGGAACGACAUCGCCAUCGUGGGCGAGGCGUGAGGAAGAUUAGGACGGAGAGGAGAGGAACUGGGGAAUCGUAUACGAGUACUACGAGUGCUAGUACUAGGUUGCAGGAGUGGAGACCGGAUGACGACGAGGAGCAGGAAGAGUACCAGCAGUGA